CACAAUGCUGCUCACGUUCAGGCGAUGAACAAUGCCAGUGCUGGUGCCUCCGAGCCCCAUUCGAUUCUCAAGAGGGAAAACGUAUCUGCUCCGGCCACUCCGGCCACCCCUCGGCAGUCCUUCGCAUUAGUUGCUCCCAGGACCCCUUCUUCCGGCAGGAGAGUUAUGUUCGAACCGACUACGCCCACUACGCCCACGACCCCAAACACCCCUAGGACUCCGGUUAGGCCUUACACAUCGGCUGCCGCGUUCCAUCCAUCCGUUCCCGGUGGAAGUGGUCGCCAGAGUGUUCCUCUUACUCCUCGGCAUGCCAAUAAGAAGACCAACAAUCUCUACAAGACUGAGAUGUGCCGCAACUGGAGUGAGGUUGGAGAGUGCAAGUAUGGAAAGUCUUGCCAGUUCGCUCACGGAGCCCAGGAGCUUCGUGUUGUCCAGCGCCAUGGCCAGUGGAAAACUAAGACUUGCCUGGCAUGGGUGAAUGGAGGAUGCACGUACGGUUCCCGCUGCUGCUACGCUCGUAAGUCCUCGAGGUCUCUCCCCCCAUAG